AUGGUAGUCUAUGAUGAGAUGUUAGUUGAGCAGACAAAGAAGAAGACAGCUGCUGAUUUGGUGCUUUCAGGGAUCAACUUUUUCGGUCUUGAGUCGAAACUAAGAGCAAAAGGCUUUGGUAAUGGUUUGCGAUCAAUGAUUCUUGGGUAUGGUUUUGCCAAACCCCAACAAUGCAAGUUCCGGAGAUCUCCUCAUGGAUGA